AUGGCAAAGCAAUCGCUGAAGAGCUUGGCCUUUCUGUGCGAUGUUUGGCUCCCUGUCGUGUCCGUGAAUCAGUUUGCAUCUGUGGCAACUUUACAGAAGCUGUCGGCUUUGCAACCCAGCACCGUUGAUGCUGCAGAAAAGAUGAGAGCCGCUCAACAAGUGGCCGACUCCACUACAAAGCUGCUGGUGGCAGACCGCAACACGACGGAGCAUCGACCCAAGAUGCAGCUCGGAUUCUAUGCCUUUCAUUACAUCUAUGGAAGACGGGGCUUCGAGAUGGGACGAAGCCCGAUGUUCAGCAGCUAUGUUUUUCUGGCCACGAGGAAUGCCUCCAUCAAUUUGUGCCGCGAUGAGCUGAAUGAGUGUGCUCACGUCGUGGCUCUACAGAAGCCGCAGAAGCCCAUGGAAAACGCACGGGCAUCUCCUGACGAUGUUCUGCAACAGCUCUUCGGCCACCACAUCCUCAUUGAGAACGGCAUGACCCCGGAGUGCGACGACCAGGUGAACUUCGACCGGGUUUGUGUGAUUAUCGGGAAGCUUUGCAGGAUUCAUCAGGAGAGCUACGAGCACAAACGCUGGUGUAGCUGGGCUUUCGCUUCCCAGAGAUGCCAAUUUUCGGGAACUUUGUUGCUCCUGUUCUGGUCUGGAAUGGAGACCGGAAACAACCCCUUUGCGGUGCUGGACACAGCCGGCCAAGCAAACUUUGAGAAGUCCUGGGACAAAGCUCUGUGUGAUGAACAAGUCCAUACUCUGUGGAAGUUCACCCGCACGCUUAUGCAACCCUUCCGCGACUUGUGUGUGGAGCUUAAGCUCAUGGCGGUGCAUGAUCAUGUGCUGAAGAUGAACACGAACUUCCUGGAACGAACUCUUAGCCAACUGGCUGCCGAUGUGCUGUGCUCCACUCAGCUCCACCAGCCGCCAGACAUCGCCGGGGUUUACAACGAGGUCUUGCAAAUUGGCAUUCGCCGCUCAACUUUGGACAACGAGGUUCUGAAAGAGCAGGUGAAUGGCUUCCUCUCCUGCUGCCACGAACUCCAGGAGUACGCACUUUACCUUCGGAGCUUCCCAUGUCGGGCAGCCGCCUUUUGCUCAGCAGAAGCAACACAGGAAACUCGGAAUGAGAUUCUCAAGGCUGCUCAUGAAGAGUACGAGAUGAUCAGGGAGAUCGAGGCCACAGCCGCUGGGUCCAGUGUUCUCAAGCAGCACUCGCUGCACACCACGUUUCAGGUGUACCGGGAGAUUUUGGCCACCAUGGCAAUGCACCAGUUCAAUGAUUGCAAGGCAAUAGAGGACAUUGUGCAAGCAUGGUACCCGAAGUGGGGCCAGUCGUCCUGUUUGGAACAGGUGUUUCGAGAGCUGGAACAAGCUACGAAACGUGUGGGCCAUGUGGAGAACUCGAUGCCGAACCUCACAUGUGUGGCUGUGAGAGCUUUGGGCAGAAGGGUUUGCGGCGGGGAAGACACUCCGGCCACGCCGUCUUUGUCCGAGAAGGAUUGGGAGGGUCAGGUGGUACGCAACCUCAAGGAGUGGCAUGAGCCCUAUCGAUUCGAUGAGCAGUAUGUGGGUGGCUGGAUGCUUCCGGGCGGGGUUGAGAUCUUCUGCUACACAAUCCAUGUUUGCCCCGCUUCGUUGGAAAGCAAGUGUGGUGGGAUCCUCUUUCGCAGAGGGCCCAGAGCAUAUUCGCUGCUCGUUUUCCUCUUCGUAUCCCAGAGCAUCAUGAGCAUCACAUCAGCCGCUUUGUCCGACAUCCUCACCGCCUACGAGAUCCGUAUGCCAAAGAACAGCAGCAAGCAUGCAAAGAUCAGAAAGUUGAUGACAUUGGACGAUGUCAAAACAACGUUGGGUGAGGAUGGGCUGGAGGGGCUGGAGCAGAAAAUGCUCGAGAUCGAAAAGGGUCGUGCAUCAAAGAAGAAGGAGAAAGAGCCCGAAGCCGAAGAACACGCCGACGAUGACGACCCUGCUGUGGCUGCUUGCUGCCAGCUGCUCGAAGAGCUGGAUGCUGAGGAAGAAAUGGAGGAAGCCAAGGAGGAAGAGAAGAAGGAUGCGACCGAGGCACGGCACUGUUCAGUUCGGUAA